UUUACGGCUGUCGUGCUUGACGUAUCAGCAAGCAUGGAGGCAGGAGAAUCAGAAAAGGAAGCCGCAGAGCAGGAGCCUCUGGAAGGGAGAGACCGGGAACCAGAGGCGGAGGAGGAGCAGGAGGAAUCCGAAGAGGCGGCUGGCGGCGCCAAGAAGCGGGUGGUGCCAGGCAUUGUGUACCUGGGCCACAUCCCGCCCCGCUUUCGGCCUCUGCACGUACGGAACCUUCUCAGCGCCUAUGGCGAGGUUGGGCGCGUCUUUUUCCAGCCAGAAGACGGUUUCGUGCGGCGCAAGAAGAAGGCAGCAGUAGUGUCGGCCACGGGAGGAAAAAAACGGGCCAAGUACAGCAAGGACUACACCGAGGGCUGGGUGGAGUUCCGGGACAAGCGGGUAGCCAAGCGUGUGGCCGCCAGUCUGCACAACACGCCCAUGGGCGCCCGCAGGCGCAGCCCCUUCCGUUACGACCUGUGGAACCUCAAGUACCUGCACCGAUUCACCUGGUCCCACCUAAGUGAGCAUCUUGCUUUUGAGCGACAGGUGCGCAGGCAGCGCCUGAGGGCUGAGGUUGCGCAGGCCAAGCGUGAGACUGACUUCUACCUUCGAAAUGUGGAGCGUGGGCAGCGCUUCCUUGCUGCUGAUGGGGACUCUACCCGCCCAAAUGGCUCCUGGGCCUUCGCUCAGCGUCCUACUGAGCAGGAGCUGAGGGCCCGGAAGGCAGCUCGGCCAGGGGGGCGUGAACGGGCUCGCCUGGCCAACGCCCAGGACCAGGCCCGCUCCAACCGAGGGCUCCUUGCCAAGAUCUUUGGGGCCCCACCACCCUCAGAGAGCGUGGAGUAGCCCUCACUGGUCAGGGACCCUUGAGACACAGGGAGGCUGCUGCCACCCCCGUGCCCAGCCCAGUGUUCUGUCUACGUGCUGAUGACCACCCCAGCACACAUUGUUGUGUUUCUCAGACCGGGAGUCUGGGGAGUGCCCAGACAUAAAAGUUUUGUGGGUGCUUGGCUGCUUAUCUCCUGCCCAUUGGCGCCCUCUAAAAGCCCUUCUUCCGGGCCUCAGGAGGAGGCUUACAUCGAGUUAGAGUGUAAUGGUUAGUCCAGGCAGCUGUUUACCAACCAUAGGGAUGGGCAGCAGCAACAUCCUGUUAUUUUACAGACUAACAGGGAUGGGGGUUCACGGGAUGGGACUGGCUUGGGAGCCACCUUUGAAAUGUAUUUAUAGAAAAGCAAAAAAUAUGCAUUUUGCACAUGCCUUUGUAGUUAUGGGGGAUAAGUUCCAACUUCCAUCUCCUUGUGUCCCAUUCACUCACCGUCACUGCGUCUCGUGGUCUGGUCUCAGAACCGCCCCAUUCAACCUGGACCCUUUUCUAUUUAUCUAAUAAAUUUCUUAGUCCAUUUUA